GUCGUAGGCUGUUAUACAAUGCACGUGAGAGUUUCACUCGUGAUUCUGGUCAUUUUUUGGACCGAUUCUACCUGUCCAAUGCAAUGCUUUCCGAGAUGCCGCACGAUCUACUCUAUCACGGAUUUUGUUAACACAAGAGAUCAUAUAUGGACAUACAAAAUCAGCAAACAAACAGUCAUCCGAUGCCAGUACAACAAAAUGCGUUCUAUAAGCCUAGAACACUAUAUUUACAACAGAACCUUCUGGUACCGUGAACAAAGGAAAAGCAUUCGCUUGCGAGGAGAUUUCGAUGCACAACGCAAGAACCGGAUGGAUGUGAGAAGCAUAGAAACAUUGAUAUAUCUGGCUAAUAAUACGGCAUGUGGAGUUGUGAGGAUCGAGCCCGCAAGAAAUGGAACGACUUAUUACGAGCUUCGUGUCAAGAACGCAUACAUUGGAGCCAUGCCUGAUCGAAAAUGUACGAGUCGCUUCCGCCGUGUCGCUAAUUUUGAAAUGCUUACUUACAGUCCGGACUGUCACCAUCUACUAGGGCUACGCCACUGAAUGCAUCACGAAGUACGUUGGACCACAACUGCUCGAUUAAAAAGAACAGGUGCGGCCUAAUGCGUGCCCCGAAAACAACGGGCGCAGCCUAUAGUUGAGUGCGUUGCCGCUACGGUGUCGCAGUACGGGUCGCACUAAGGUGGUUUAAAGAAAAUAUGAGUGUCCUUGUUUUGCGGGUUUUCUUCAGAAGUCUCGAACUCUUGGAAAAUAUCAUCGGCAAUCCGGUCGCCAACACUCCUUCGUACGCUUUACUUUUUUUGGAAAGAAUGAUUUCCUAUUUCAUCAGUUGCCCGUUAAAAGCCAUUCAGUGACAUACAAUAACUUGUGGACGCCGACGUUGACAUCCUUUCUUGUCGUUUAAUGGUACUAUGAAACGCAGCGGCUCCUCGGCAUGGCGGACAUAUAGCGUCUCACGGACGUCACAGCUGUAGUUUUUUGUUUAAUUUUUCUUCUAAAAGUGCAUGGCUGUACGUCUACUAGCGCCAACGCGGAUGAAAUUGCAAACACAGCGUUCCCACUUGCGCAUAUGUGUUAAGCGCGACGCAACACGCCGCACUUUGCUUUAAAGGGACACUAAAAGCAAAUACCAAUUUAUGUCAGAGUGAAAGCUCAAUGUAUGACAACUUCUAAAACUGCAAUAUUAUCAACAGCAGUGUCCUACUUACCGAGAAAUUAAGCUAAAUGUAUCACGUGAUGCGCGCCACGAGUGGGACAUUUUCGAAGUGAUACCGAUGACGUAUGAGAGUCUGCCUACAAUAAAUCACUAGUAAUCAAACUAGCAGCAAUAAAAAAAGAACCUUCCGUGCAUCAAAAGACGUAAUAAAAUGAUGUUUGUUCGUUUCCGUUUGAUU